CUAAUUACCUAAUUAUCACACGUUAAUGAGGGGGACUGCAGCCCCUCCCUGACCCAGUCCCUUCCUGCUCUGGGCGUCUUUUUGCUCACAGAGCCGUGUUUUAUUUAUCGGCUUUAGUGUGGUUUCCAGCGAGACAGAGUCUCUAUCAAAUGAAUCGUUCCACCUGGACCUCAAUUUGCUCUCCAGAUGGCUCGGCCCUCUUAAGCUGCCCUGGUGUGAUAUAUUUUUCUCUGAGCUGCGAUGGGUUUUCCCUGGUUCCUGGCUCCUCCCUGGCUGGCUGUUAUUGACAGCUGCAUGGCUAAUGCCCCGUAGCUCUCUGGCAUGUCAUUCAGGAGAAACAAAAGCAGAUUUCUCCCCCACCUCUCCGGCAAUGAGGAUAAAGGGGUUGCUUUUGUGCUUCCCCAAGCGCUGCCGCAGAAGGGCUGAGCGUGCUUUGCGGAGGGGACCUGUCUCCGUGCAGAGUCCCGACGUGGAUGGGAGCUCUCCCAGAGGGAAGUUGAGUCUUUUCUAGGUCCCACCUGGAGGACACAACCUGUGGGCCAGGAUGCAUCGAAUGAUGAAAGAAGAAUCAAGUUUCAGGACAAGCAGCCUGGAAAAUGCAACGCGGGACCCGAGCAAAGAAAAGCUGCACAUGAAGCUCUGCAGCGGGUCCUGCCACGCUGAGCAAAUUCUCCAGACGCUGAACUCCUACCGGCAGAGCGGUAUCUUCACAGACGUGGUGCUAUUAAUUGAUGGACAAGAAUUUCCCUGUCACCGUGCCACUUUGUCAGCCAACAGCACCUAUUUCCAGGCCAUGUUUGGUGGCAAUCUCAAGGAAGGCCACCAGGAUAUCAUUAAUAUUCAAAAGAUUUCCGCUUCCACGAUGUCUCUUCUUCUUGAUUAUAUGUAUGGGGGGAACAUCAUAAUUCAGGAGGACAACGUUGAAAGCAUCUUGGAACUGUCUGACUUGCUGCAGAUCUCCAAGCUCAGAGAUGCUUGUGUCACCUUCCUUGAAGGCCAGCUUCACCCAUGCAACUGUUUGGGCAUCAUGAAGUUUGCUGAUUCAUUCUCCAUUGCAUCUCUGACAGAAAAGAGCAAGAGGUUCAUGCUGGAGUGUUUUGUGGAGGUGUCAUCUCAUGAAGAGUUCUUGGAGAUGGGUGUGAAGGAGCUGGUUGAAUAUCUAUCUGAUGAGCAGCUGGUGGUCCCCAAGGAGGAAGUGGUCUUUGAAGCAGUCAUGCGCUGGGUACGGCAUGACAUACCAGCCAGGAAGGGAGCCUUGAAGGACCUCCUUGAGCAUGUGCGUCUGCCCCUGCUUGACCCCACCUACUUCCUGGAGAAGGUGGAAAUGGAUGGACUCAUCCAGGACUCGAAGGAGUGCAUUCCUCUGCUGCACGAGGCCCGCAAGUACUACAUCCUUGGGAAUGAGGUCAGCUCUUUGCGAUCAAGGCCCAGAAGGUUCAUGGAGCUGGCGGAAGUCAUCAUCGUCAUUGGGGGCUGUGAUAAGAAAGGCCUUCUGAAGCUGCCCUUCACGGACCUCUACCACCCAAAGAGCAGGCAGUGGACAGCCCUCUCCAGCGUGCCCGGCUACACCAAGUCAGAGUUUGCUGCCUGCACGCUGAAGAACGAUGUGUACAUAUCAGGAGGACACAUCAGCAGCAACGAUGUUUGGGUGUUGAACUCCCAGCUGAACGUCUGGAUCAAAGUUGCUUGUCUGCAGAAAGGCCGAUGGAGGCACAAAAUGGCAACACUUCAGGGUAAGAUCUACGCUGUGGGAGGCUUUGAUGGUUUUUACCGCCUCUCUAGCGUGGAGUGCUAUGACACAUUCUCCAACAGCUGGUCAACCUUGGCCCCGCUGCCUCAAGCUGUGAGCUCGGCUGCUGUGGUCUCCUGCCUGAACAAGCUCUACGUGCUGGGUGGUGCUGUGGAUGACGCUGCUAACACUGACAAGGUCCAGUGCUACAAUCCAGAGGACAACAAGUGGACGCUCUUGUCUCCGACCCCUUUUUACCAGAGGUGCAUCAGUGCUGUCUGCUUGGACAACAUCAUUUAUGUUGUAGGUGGACUCCUCAGUAAAAUCUUCAGCUACGAUCCAAGGAAAGACAGCUGGCAAGAAGUGGCCACCCUCCCUGGGCCUCUGGAGAGCUGUGGCCUGACGGUGUGUGGAGGGAAGAUUUACAUCCUGGGUGGCCGAGAUGAGAAUGGGGAAGGCACGGACAAAGCCUUCACUUUCGACCCGGUGACGGGGACUGUGGAGCAGCAGCCGCCACUGCAGCGCUGCACCAGUUAUCACGGCUGUGUGACCAUCCUGCAGCGCAUGAACAGAUGACCACGGGGCUCCAACGGCAUCCACUUCCAGAGCCUCCCCUUGAGACAGUGGCCACCCAGCGUGUGGAUGGACAUCUCACCUUUGUGCAGGGAAGGGCAAUAUACGCCACUGAUGAAGACAUGCUCCAGCCAGCCCCUGGGCAGCCUCUGCUUUGUUUUCUCCUGGCCUGAUGAUGCCAAUGGCUUUGAUGCUGAUCUAGGCUAGAGGAUGAAAGGGUGCUGGGCUGUGUGAAGCUGCAUCACAGAUAUUGCCACAGUAGGAUUCAAGUAUCCUUGCAGCCCUUGCAAACUCUAAAUUUGACCUUUACUUAGGUUUUCCUGGCUGUAGAUUACGGUUUUCUGUUAUGUUGGCAACAGAGGCUCAUUGUCCUGCAAGGACAUGUAUGUGCUGCUGUCUGAUGCCCAAGACUGUUGCAGUAACAACGAUGGUUACAGGAUCCAAUUCUUUAGCUAAAGCUAUCUGAUAUUUCUGAAUUUAGCUGUGUAGAACCCUGUGGCGAACCACGGUGGUGACAUAAAUGGUCAUUAAUGUCCAUGAACAGUUAGUCCCGUUACAGUGGAGAGCUGAGAUUGAGACUUCAAAGAUGAUAGCCCAAGAAAAUUUCUCCACUAAAUCCCCAAAAGCCGGGUUAAAUAGUCCAAGCUCAGACUCCAUUCUUCACGUGCUAUAUGGGGGUCUAUUCCCCUAAAGCACAGAGUGCUUUCUCUUUUCAUACAUGUUUUGUGGUUGGACUGCUGUCUCACUGUGUCCUGGUCCUUGAGAGGACAAGUGGAUCAUGUAGCCAAGAGUUGCUCUUUGGAGAGCAGAGGUAGGGGAAUAUUAAUGUAUAGGAAUCAGGCAUGAGGACAUGAAGCAUGGUUGGUAGCUAGAGAAUCACAUCUGGCUCGUUUUGGCUCUGGAGAAUGCUAGCAAGCAUUAACAUAAACUCUAUAUUUAACAGAUUCAAUACAGAGUCCCUGGGAGCCUGAACGUGCAGCUCAUUUGGAGGGAGAGUGUUCGAUUACACAGACUGUGUUGCUCCAAGCCAGUUGGUCUCAGGUCUAGAAAUGGUCCUGAGCACAUUUGAUUUGGUAGAAUAGCCAUAGCUUUUUGGCAUCAGUGUCUUUUUAGUCCAUUCCUGGAACUGGUAAUUUCUGAUGGGUCCGUUUAAAUGUUCCUGUUGCUCAAUUAGGGACUUAGUUACUGCCCAAUGUAGAGUGGGGUCUCUUAAAAACUCCCGUUACUUAUAUAUUGCAGGGUGCACCCCUCUACAGCAGCUGCUGGCUGGCUGCUGUUUCCUCUGCACCUUCCUUUCCUUGCCCCAAUGAUGACUUCUUCCUGAAGCAGAGGACACAACUAUGUCCACUGGCCCGGAUAUUCCCAUUUUCAGGGCCUUUUAAUUAUCUUAAAUCUCCUGGGUUUGCCUACUUCCCCCCACAUAGCUGGUUUUUAUGCCGUCCUCUUUAGUACUUCUGUUUUCUGUGAACUCUGAGAAGUUUACUUCUUCUUUGUGGUGAUGUCAGGCUUCCCUGUAAAACUUGGCAAAAAGAGGUCCCUGCCGAAGAACCAAAACUUGCUGUUACUGGGCACACUAAUCUCCUCUUCUCUUGAGGAAAUAUGUGCUCUUCCAUUGCCCAAGCGACGAGCAAGGUGUUUCAUUGCAUGAAACGUACCUGGUGCUCCUCAUAGUCACAUCUGGCAAGUCUCAUGGCUAUCCGGCUAUCAUAGCCAUUUUGCUGAUCAAGGUGCACUAUUUGGACGUUCUCAGACCCAAAUUCUCCUUAAGGCCUGGGCAUGUGGGUUAGACAUGUUAACCAGAUCAUAAGUAGCACAAUGUGUCCUUUCAAGCAAUAUAAAGGGGGUGGUGUAGGUUAUGCCCAUGAGGAGAGAAAAGGAAAUUCAUGUUGGUAAAAAGGAAUUGUAUUUGCAAUCAAAUUGCAUCCACAGUUGGGUCUUUAAUGGGGGUGGAGAUUUCAGGGGAAACUGGCACCUUUCCUUCAGUUAGUUAAGUUGGCACAAAAGAAAGUGUGAGCCCAUCAACCCAUGCUGUGAUGGCCUUCAGGGACAGAGAGACCUUUAUCCUCCUACGUCCUGAUUUUCUGAAGACCUCAAAUCUCCUCCCCAAUUUUGCCUCUCUUACUGAUACCCUGUGCCUUAAGCAAUUCACUGCUUUGGUAUGGGCGCCCCUUCCAAGUGUGUGGCUUGGGACCCAGUGUCUCCACCUCGCCUCAUGAUUCAGAUGGCCAAGGAGGAUUUUAAUUCUCCCCAGACUGUCCCGUUAGUUAUGUCCCUCCUCUUGGCCUGCACUUUGGAAAACACUGCUGAUGUUUCAAGAGAAUGAGUGCACCCAGAGCUUGACAGGGUGUGCAUUGAGCAAAGUCUGCUCGGCUGAGAGUGGUGAGCGGCAUGAGGAAUCAGGCCUUUCAAAAGGGAUGGUCCUCAUGCCAGAUUUCUUCUAUGCCUAAUGUAUAUAGAAUAGGGCUGUGAACACAGGCAUAUCUUGCUUGGUGGCUUGCAGAUCUUUGUGCUCUUGUUCUUCAAAAGAGCAUAGUAAUGUAUUUGGACAUAGCAAUACCCUUGAUAGGAAAAAGGAAAUUUUCCAGUUGCACUUACAACUUCUCUUUCCUGCUUUUCCUAAUGACUUUUGGGAGUUUCUUGCUGUACUUCCCACCUUAUUCCUGUAGAAAUAAGCACACUCGAAAGGGUGGAAGGUGUUCCCAUCGGCUUUCCCACGUGCUUUUGACAUGUGUGGUGUGUUGCAAUAGCUGUGACAUGGUGGUGGAGGUUGUGGCGUAGGUGCUAAAAUGUUUGCCUCGUUCUUGGUCCUGAUAUUCAUUGUACCACUGAAAUAUGUUUGUAUUUUGUAAGGGCUGUGGGCGUACAGGGGGAUUGUUAAGGAAGGAAUUUAACUUGGGUUUUUUUAGAAAUCAAUAUUCGCCUAGACUCCUAACCGCUUUUGCUGCGGUUUAACCGCAUUCGUGCAUACUGCUUCAUGGCAUUCCAAAAAAGAUGUUUUUUAAUGGAGCAUCAGAGGAGCUUUGGGAGCAUCAUCCUUGAGGUGUCCCAGCCUUUAUCUGGGAUACCUGAAUUCUCCAUCUAAGCAAUUAGGAAAUCCAAGGUGUUGUUUUUUGUCUGCAGGGAAUAAUACCUUUAACUAUUACAUGGGGUCGUGGCCAGGUUAGCAUGGAGAAGGUGCCUGGAUCAUUCAAACUCAGCUGAAGGGUGAGGGAACUUUUACUCCUCUUUUAGCAUGGUGGAAAGAAUAUUUCUAGGGAAAAUGAAAAAUUAUUUGUCUUGUCUGAUUCUUGCUCUUCCUUGGUGUGGCAGAAGAAUACAAAGCAUGAAACUAUCUGCCACUACACGCUCCUUCAGUUUCUGAGAAGACCUUUCUCGGACCACAGGUAAAGCACCUCCUUGCUGUGUUUGCAGUAAUACACAGACUUGCUGUGGGAGCUCUGUAUAGCUAAAGAUGUAGAAGAAAGUAGUGAUCAUCUGCAAAGCAUGUGAGGUAGUUUCAGCUUUAUGUAUUUAAGUUUUUAAAGACAAAAUAAAUGACUUUU